AUGUCAUACAAAGGCGCCGGACGCGGCGCUGACGAGUGCGCCGUCCGCCCUCCUCGCGCCGACAAAUGCAUGACCCACGGCGCUGAGCCCAUUCAGCUCACCUGGUCUGAUGGAACCGCGCCCUACUUCCUGUCCCUCCUUCCUGGUGGCCAGCCCUCCGCGACGCCUCUUGAGUCGUUCAUUCGACGACUUCGACCUCGUUCACUUGGACCGUCAACCUCCCUGACAUGUACCACCGCCCAGAUCAAGGAUAGCACGGGUACCCUCGCGUACUCCGACAUUUUCACCAUCCAGUCGGGCUCGGACUCUAGCUGCUUGACCUCAUCCGGUGCUGCGGGCGCGAUCUCCAGCGGCUCGUCCGCCACAACCAGCGGCGCAGCUGCGACCACCACCGGCACCGGCUCGUCCGGUGCCUCGACAACCGCCGAGACCUCAGGCUCGGUGGCUGCCACUGGCUCUAGCACCGCCAGCUCGUCGGCGUUGAGCACGAGCAGCAGCUCCAACGCCGCGCGCGGCAGCUCCUUCAGCGCGUUCGGCAUCGCUGGCGUCCCACUCCUCCCGCCUGCCUCCGCUCCUCCCUUCCCCGCGCCAACCUUUUGCCCAGCCCCGAGCGAGAGCCGCCAACGCGAUCUCGCCUGGCGUUGCUUACAGCUACUCUCAGAACGAUAG